UUACAACUGUUGUGUAAAAACUCUGCUCCACAAAACCCAGAACCCUCUCUAGCACUAUCAGACUCCAAAACCCUCAAGCUCCCUCGCGACUUCAACAUCGUUGCAGAACUCGUUGCCGCGCUUCUGAAUCUUCCACGGCGGCGGCGUUUCCCUUUCUCCAUGGCGGCGCGAGUCCACUCCUCCGCGGCAGCGGCUCCGCCUUCGUCCCUCAGCGAACGUCUGAAUCAAAUCCCUCUUAAUAAUAAACAAAUUCGCAUGGCCAUCAUAAGCAAAAGAGCGCGCACGCACAGGAUUAGGGUUUCGAACGUAACGAUUUUGGAGCUUCCAUUUUGAUUUUGACUUGCGCUCAAUCAGGCAAGAUUUGGCAAAUUAUGCAGAAGUAUGCUUCAGGGAAUUUGGUGACAGGCUUAAGCACUGGAUUACAUUAAACGAGCCAGUGCUAUAUAACUCCGGAGGUUAUGAGAUGCUCCAAGUGUUUUGCUAACUGCACUGCUGGUGAUUCUACUACCGAACCCUAUGUAGUUACACACCACCUCAUUCUUGCUCAUGUUGCAGUAGUAAAAGUAUACAGGGAGAAGUUCCAGGCUUCUCAGAAAGGUCAAAUUGGGGUAACACUGAAUUCUGCCUGGGUUGUGCCACUUGUUCAAUCAAAAGAGGACAGAGAAGCUGCAUAUCGAGGUCUUGCUUUUAUGUAUGACUGCUUGUAUGGCCAGUAUGGGUCUUUCUUAAUCUUAGGUUGCUUGCCUUUCUUAUGGAUGCACUUACUUUAAGGGUCGUGCUUGCACGCAGAUGCACUCAUCAGACGGGCAGAAAUAUAUCAGGAUUACAUGAAGCAGAUCCCAAUCCCAAAUCAUUGAGGCACUAUGAUCCCAUUUACCUCAUGGAUGGGAUUAAGCAGAUCCAUGAAGCAAAUAUACGGACAGCCUCUUAAUUGCCUCGCAAAUAUUCUCCUCGAGCAAUGGGGUCAGUUGAGAAUUGGCAGUGAGGAUGAAUUAGCAUCUUUGAUGUAUUAUAAGUGUUCUCUGUUAUUAACUUUCUUUUAAAAUGUGUAUAGAGGAGAAAGUUCUUUAGCUCUAUUCUUUUUUGUCCAACUUAAUUUGACUGUUCUGUUAAUAUAGUAAUUUGCUUGUCGUGUUUGAUAAA